GCGGUCGGCGGAGCGGGGGAGUCGUUUUGCUGAAACACCGGCCGGAUGUGAAGGGUAGAAGGGAGCGAGCUGGUGGUGGCCCGAGGAACCUGCCUGGGACGGGGGCUGGCACAGUCAUGGAGGAUGAUCCGGCUUCUUCUGCCAGCAAGGCCCCGUCCCCGCUGAGCUGUAUCCGGAUGGUCCAGGCGGGCUGGUUGGAGAAGGAGGAUGCGGCCUGGGAGCAGAGCAGAAGCGUGCAGGAUCCAACUAUGAUGGGGAGCUCCCCGGGGCAACCCAGGAGUUCUCCCUCUCCUUGCCCACCCAGCCAGUACCAAGGGAGGCAUAGCACUGCAACCUGCCGGGACACUGAUGGGACAGGCCAGAACCAGAAUGGGGGAGAAGAGGAGGUGGUGUCCCCUCUGUGCCGGGAGCCACAGCCCCGCAGGCCGUUCCGGCGGAAGCACCGGCUGUACAUGAAGCUGGCCCCUGGCCAGGUCACUGUGUCCCCAAGCCAGGACCGCAGGCAGCCAACGACUGCCGAGGAGCCAGGGCCCUCCCAGGGCAAAAGGCUGCGGCUGCUGCGAGGCCAAGCCAGCAACUUCCGGAGGAAGAAAAGACCCUUGGAGAAUGGCCAGGAGGCAGGGCCUGGUGACGUGGGGCCCUCCCUCCCACUCCCCCAGUGCAGUGGGGAGGAGGGGCAGGACCCUGCACCGGAGGGGGAGGAGGAGGGGCAGGGCUUGGCAUUGAAGCGGGAGGAGGAGGAGGGGCAGGGCCUGGCAUUGAAGCGGGAGGAGGAGCAAGAGCAGGGCCUGGCAUUGGAGUGGGGGGAGGAGGAGGAGGAAGAGAAGAAGUUUGGCUCCCCCAGGCUGGCUGGGCCUGGCACCGCCCGCCCCAAGCCGGACUUCGUGCAGCUGAUCGACGAGCACGGGAUCUAUUCCACUGCCAAGCUGGUGCUGGGUGGCGCGGCGGGCGAGCUGGACGAGGGGGUGGUGCUGCCACCACACCUGAGGCGGGCAGGCCCCCAGCUGGAGAUCCGGGAGGUGAUCGUGGACGACAAGCCCUUUGCGUGCGGCGUGUGCGAGAAGACCUUCAAGCGGGCCUGGGAGCUGUUCAGCCACGAGGUGGUGCACAACGAGGAGCGGCCCUUCCACUGCGACCUCUGCGAGGCCUCCUUCAAGCGCCACUCGGACUUCAAGAGCCACCGCCUGGUGCACACCGAGGAGCGGCCUUUCCACUGCGAGAUGUGCGGCAAGAAGUUCAAGCGCUCGUCCAACCUGCAGGAGCACCGGCGCAUUCACACCGGCGAGCGCCCCUACCAGUGCGCCUGCUGCGACAAGAGCUUCAAGACGCCCUACGAACUGCAGCGCCACACGCUCACCCACUGCACUGAGAAGCCCUUCAAAUGCGGCGACUGCGGGAAGGACUUCCCCACCUCCAACUCGCUGCUGCUGCAUCAGCGCCAGCACUGCGACGACAAGCCCCACGUCUGCGGCGUCUGCGGCAAGAAGUUCACCUACGGCCACAGCCUCAAGGUGCACGAGCGGGUGCACACCGGUGACCGGCCCUUCGUCUGCCCCAUCUGCGGCAAGGGCUUCAAGCAGUCCAACGCCCUCUCCUCGCACGAGCGGGUGCACACCGGCGAGCGCCCCUUCGUCUGCAAGACCUGCGGCAAGGCCUUCAAGCAGUCGUCCUACCUGGUGAUCCACGAGCGCUCGCACACGGGCGAGCGGCCCUACAAGUGUGAGGUGUGCCAGAAGGCCUUCGCCCGGCCCUCCCUGCUGCUGCAGCACCACCGGGUGCACAGCGAGGAGCGCCCCUACAAGUGCAGCUUCUGUGACAAGUUCUUCAAGGACCUGGCCUAUCUGACGGUGCAUGAGAAAGUGCACACGGGCGAGACCCCCUACAAGUGCAGCGUCUGCGACAAGGGCUUCGCCCACCCCUCCAACCUGCUGCAGCACCAGCGUGUGCACCGUGACGGCUGACCCGACUCUUGCUCCAACGUGCCCCGCCAGGGAGUGCAUCCCAGGCUACGUGCAGCUCCCAGUGGGUGCCGCCCUGGCUGGGCCCUCAUGGGAGACAGCUGCCAGCGGGCACUGUGCCGGCCAGGGGGCCCAUGGAGACUACAUCUCCCAGUGUGCACUGCGGUCCCUCGUGUGUCAGGGUGAAGCAGUGCAUGCUGGGAGGAGCAUUUCAGCUAGCCACACCCCCUCACGAUAAGGGGCGAUGAAAGCUCCUAUGUGCGCAUCGGGUAUGGGCUAUAGGUCUGCGGAGGGCUGGGUUGCCCUGGCCUGAGUCACUGCUUUGCUCCAGGGCCCGGUGACCCUUCUCUGGGCAUUCCCUGGAGCUCGGGGAAAGGGAAGAAUGGUUGGCUCCUCAGCAUCAUGUCCCCUGGGAGGGGUUUGCUCCAUGCCUGUCAUGGGGGCUGGGCUGGAGAGAGAGAAGUCAGGUCGGACAGCAGGGAAAAGCCCCCUGAGCUCUACCCGUCUGCUCAGCAGGGCAACGCUAGAUCCAGCUGGGGGGAGCUCCCCCUCCCCACAGGGAGCUGCAGUUUGGUGAAUACUGAGCAGGGGACCAGACUGUCUCCUCUGUGCUCCCUGGCUGGGAAGGGGUUUGUGAGCCCCACCUCUGUGCCAUCGCCCCAUGGCAGCCUCCCGAGAGGGUCAACAAACAGACUGGGCACAGCCAGGGCGGCCCCUCGCCAGGCCCCUUGGGGAUGCUCCAUCAGCAUCCCUGUGGCCCAGGAUUCCUCUCCUUGGAUAGCAUGGUCCCUGCCAGGGGGUUGAGAGCUGGCAACUCCCCGAGUAGCUGGGAGGGGCUCUCUGGGCUCCUGGGUGAGCCCCAGGGGAAUGGGAAAACAGGCUCCUUCUCGGUCAGCAACAGAGCUCCCAGCUGCCUCCAGCUGAGCGGAGCUUAUGCUCGCUGCACACCUCCGACUCAUUCCCCCACUGCAAUGGGGAGUCCCAUCCACCCGGUUUAGGAUGCUGGGUUGCUUUCUUGUGGGAACUGAACCCACAGGGCAAGGGCUGGGUCGCAGCCCCUCCUCUCGUCUGGCACCUGCAGCCCGUAGGCGCUGGGAUGUGCAUGUGACCAAGUCGCACCCAUCGCUCCACAGACAGAAGGGGAGGUAACGGGAUCAGCUCAAACCGUUUCUCCCCUCUUGGUGUCACAAUAAGAAAACAAGUUACACUAGAUCCAGAGCGGGCUCUCUCAGCCUGCACUAAGUGUGAAUGCGCCAGAAUGGCGUACAAUGUGAAUUGCAGCCCAGAGCCACUUGCUGCUAGCUGGUGCGAGGCCCACCCCGAUGUGCUGUCUGCUCUGCUGGGCUGGAGGGCUCCCUUGGGGACUGGUGAGUUGGCGCGGGGGAGUUCUCAGCUCUGAGUGCCCCUUUGGAGACACAAGAAGGUACAAAGAGGGGUUGAAUGAGGCCCCCCUUGCCGGGCUGGUUCCUGGCCCCUCUGUCCUGGGAAAGCAGGAGUUAAAGAUGCCAGUUGUGCCAGACUGCAGAGCUGUGGAGCCGGCGGGAGUUUAGGGGGCCGUGCUAGCUGAGUUAGAGCCUGGCCUCUGGGUGACCCACAUGAGCCGAGGGGCGGCUGGCACCGGGCCGUGCCUGCCCAGCACAGCAGCUUGUUCUCAUGGGAUCCUGCACUGCCUUUUGUUACGGAGCGGCCGGGCCGCCCGUGGACAGUACCUCACCCUGGGGAGGGGCUUUCCUGCGUUAGCACCAGUCCCAGGGAGUGUCACCCUGCUGGAGCUCUGGUCACAGGUGUUCCCAUCUGUGCUGAGUUACACCGGGCAUGGUGUCAGUCACCUCGGCCCUCCAGCCCCCUUCGUGGCAGGACCUGGCUAGUGAGGACGAGGUUCAGUUGCAGCCGUUGGGUGCUGUUGGCCCCUGAGGGUGGACCCAGAGCCAGCAGGCCUGGCUGUGUGGGGAGUAGGCAGCAGAAUGUGUCCCCACCACCUCUGUGCUAGUCCUGAGGGAAUGUAGACGGGGCUGUGGGGUCCUUGCCCUUGUGUCACACAGCCCUGUUCUGGGGGAUUAGGAGAUGUGGAGCCAGUUCCUCAAAUGGCCAGUCCUCCUACAGGGACAGCACAGAUGGGCCCCCUUUCCUGCACCCAUUUAACUCAUGCCAACAGGACGCUGGGAGGGGAGUCCCCUGGUUAAUGCCUUAGCAGCCUUGUCCCAUUUGGGGCUGAGAGAGCUCCUGAUCCAUCUGCCUCUCCAAGCCUUCUGAGGAGACCCUCAGGGAACCCAGCUCAGGCCCUUUCCUGCCCUUAGCUCUCCCCAGGGCACACAGUGUGUCCCUCACCCCCUGUGAAGUUCCCUUUUAGAACAGGAUCAAUGAGGCAGGUGCCCCCCCUGCAGUACCCCCUUCUCUGCUCAAAUUGGGUGCGUUCCUGUAGCUAAGGCUGCUCAGAGGGACCCCCAAGCAGAGAAAGGGCAAGAAUGUGUGAGAUGGGACCAGCGGAGCCAUGUGUGUAGUAGCAGAAGGGUUUACAGCCUCCCACUCCAGGGGAGCAGGGUGUGGGGUGAGCCAGGUUCUCCUGGGGCUGCUGAUUGCGCCCAUCAGCCAGCAGUUCUCUCCAGGGCUGAGUUUUGGGGCUGAGUGGGGGGAGGGUUACUGCUAGCGUGGGAAGAGCCUGGGGGGCAGUCCAGAACAGGCCACUCCCCAAUUCAAAGGGCUGUAGCUGAGGUGAAGACUUGCUCAGACACACAGCUCCUGCAGGGCGGGUGGGAGUCGUGCCAGCCGGUGCUGUGCCUGCGAAGAGAUGCCUGCUGGCUCUGGCCACCCAGCAGCAGGGCACCUUGCUGCCCAUGGGUCGUGCCAUGCAGCAGGGAGCUCGGCGGAGCAGAGGCAGGAUCACGUUCGUUACAGUGGUGCCUAGGGCUCUGUCGUGCUGGGCGCGGUAUGAACUAAGGGGCAGUCCGGAUGUGUCCUGCUGGCCUGCUGCAAGAUACCCUGCAAGAGCCCAGUUGCUGGGGUGAGGGGCAGGGAGGGAGCUGAGGCAGGUGCAGCUGGCUGGUGGGGCUGUUCCCCCGCAAGGGGCACUGUCCCCAUGGGGUUGGUGCCACUUAAUGGGUGGCCCAGGGAUGGAUGGAUGCUAGGGACAGGUCGGUGAGCUGGGCCCACCUAGAACCUGCUGCAGGGAGGAGUAACUUGCCCUGUUGCUGGCGAUGGGAUGUUCUCCUGUCGCGCACACACCCCUCCAGCCUCUGUGGGGUGCAUACGGGAUGUGACCUGGCAGGGGAAGUGGCAGCACUGGGCUCUGCCCCAGGGAGCAGCGGGUAGAGCAAGUCACCCACGCCGUGUCCAGGGAGUUCACCUGACAGCUGCAGCCUGUCGCUGUGUGCUGCAUCCCCGUGCUGUGGUGGCCGUGCCCUGCUCCGUUUUAGGCAGUGAGGUGUGGCCCGGUGGGUUGGCACUUGGCAGUGUGCGGCCCAUGGUCUGAGGGCACUGUGUUCACGCUGUAGUGGGCAUGUUUGGUUCAGCAUGUGCCACACCCAAUGCGUAUAGAUUCCAAACACUAAUCCCCACCCCUCCGCAGGGGCCGGGCCUAGCUGUUGGGUGCCCAGGCCUUGUCGGGGCUGCCCAUCCACAGCUGGUUGGCAUCUGCAGGGCCUGGCUGAGGACACUAUCCCAGCAUGCCUGGGGCCCAUUCCUUCCUUCAGGAAGUUGGGGGCAGGGCAGCCACUGGGCACAGAUAAUUAUUUAAGUGGUCAUGGGACAUUUCAAGUUCCUGGGCAGGUCCUGCAUCGCCUGCAGCCAGGAAGGAGUGUGGGGUGGAGGGAAUGGGCCCUGCCUGUGCCAGAAACUCAUCCAGUCUCGGGGAGAGUCAGGUGCCUCGUCACUACACCGCUGGGCCUGCCUGCUUCACGGGGCAACUGCCGGGCAGCGUCUCUGGGCUCCGGCUGCUGCUAAGCUCCGCUCUGGUUCCUGUGGACUUACUGCUGUGCCUGCCCAUCAGCAGGGGGAGGAUGGGGAAGGACCUUUCCCGGAGAAGGUCACACUGGGGGCUAGCAAUCCCCUGCACCCAGACUCACCCUGCAUCUGUGCUGGCCUGGAGGUGCCUGGCUCCACACUAAACUCCCCAGCACCGAAGCCAUGGGACUCUGUGCGUGGACUCUCAUUGUCCUGGGUCCCCCUUUUGUAUUACUACUGUAGGGAAGGGUGGGGGAUCCCCGCUCAGCUCCUCGACACUAAUUACAGGACAGUUAUUUAA